AUGAAGUACAAGUACCGUACCUACGUAAAUUACCUUUAUUUUAUUUUUCAGGCUACAGAUGAAAUGGAACAGCCUGAUUUACCUCAAGCCUUAAAAUUGUUAAAUGAAAUGAAUAUGAAUGUGCAGCAAGUUUCACAGUUAGUAGAUAAUAUGUUGUUACGCGUUAAAACCGGUGAAAUUUCGACUGAUAAGGGUCUAAGUUUUCUAGAAAUGAAAUAUCAAAUGCUUCUUAGUUAUUUAAUUAAUUUAACGUACAUAGUGUUAAGGAAAUGCUCUGGAGAGAAGAUUGAAUCAGACCCUUCUAUAGACAGACUUGUUGAAAUACGAACUGUACUGGAAAAAAUUCGUCCAAUAGAUUCUAAAUUGAAGUAUCAAAUCGACAAACUUGUGAAAACAGCAGUUGUCGGGACUUCAGAGGAUGAUCCUCAGUCAUAUCAUGCUAAUCCAGCUAACUUGGUAAGUAAAAUCGAGAAUAGUGAUGAAGACAGUAGUAAUGAAUCAGAUAAUGGUGUCAAAAAGGAGAAGAGUGGAAGGUCAAAUGUAUAUGUACCUCCUAAAUUGGCAGCAGUACAUUUCGAUGAUAGCAUAUCUCGUACUGACAGUGAAAAGAAGAGCAAGGAAAGAGCUAAGAAACAGUUCCUCAAUUCUAAUGUGAUGAGGGAGCUUCGUGAAGAAUAUUCAGAAGCACCUUUAGAAGUGACAACAGGAAAUCAUGUGAAGCAUUCUAUAUCUAAGUAUGAACAGGAGAAAACAGAAUAUGAAGAAAAUUAUUUAACUCGUUUACCAGUUACCAAGGCAGAAAAGAAUAGAAGGAAAAAGUUAACAACUGUUGGGAUGUUAGCAGAUGAAAUAACUGGGAGCCGCAGUACAGCUCAUAAACACAAACUAAAAUCAAAGAAAGGUAAAGGGUUUAAAAGACGGCGCACUCACUGAUCUCUUUACUAGACCUUUGUAUAAUAGUUUUUAUUCUUGUCAAGUAAAGCAUUACAUUGAUAUAUGUUCAGGAAAAAAACAAAUUCACAUGAUAACAUAUAAGAACGUGGGUUCUUAUUAAUUUUCAUUAGAGCUGGUAAUUCGGACACUAUAAAAAAGAUUAAAAAAGGAAUCAAA